AGAAACUUUAUUUGGGUAGUCUUGACAACACUUUCAAAGUUUAUUAUGCUAUGAUUUAUGUUGCUCUUAAAAAUAUUUUCAAAUCAGUCUGCGCAUCAAGUUUGAAAUGCCACAGCACCAGAUGUGUGAAUUUGCUUAAAAAACUUUGGCUUAUUUGAUGGUUGUUCUCGCGAAUAGAGAGAAAAUUUGACUAGGAUAAAGCCUUUGUUGUACAUGCUUGUAGGCCGAAGGGUCCUCACGACCUCACCUAAUAUUACGUUUUUGACAAACUUAGCAUGGUAUAUGCUACUGUCAUGGCGCUUCUACGUUUGCUAAAGCAUUUGAUUUUUCGUUAUUUUAAUAUUAUGCACAAUUUUGUAGUGAUGAAGCACAUUUAAUUCGGGAAGCCGUUAAAGUGGUUCAAAAUAAGUUAGAUCUUGUACAUCUACAUAUCUCAUGCCACGAAAUUGGACUAGAGUCUCGCCUUCAAAAACUCAAUUCGUUGUUGAAAAUGGAACCAGAUGAUGUUCGCAUUGUUGCAAUAUGGGGUAUGGGUGGAAUUGGUAAGACAACAAUAGCUAAAAAGCUAUAUAAUCUCAUCCAACAUAAAUUUGAAGGUAGCAGCUUUCUUGCAAACAUUAGAGAAACUUCGAAGCAACCAAAUGGUCUGGUUGUUUUACAAAAGCAACUUCUUUCGGAUAUACUCCGAACUGGAACUCGUAUCUUAAGAAAUUUUGAUCAAGGAAUCGAGGUUAUAAAACGGAGAGCUUUCUGUCGUAAGAUUCUUCUUAUUCUUGAUGAUGUGGAUGAUGUCCAACAAUUGAAAGCAUUAGCCGUAGACCAAGAUUUCUUCGGUUUUGGAAGUAGGAUUAUCGUAACAACAAGAGAUAUUUCUUCUCUAAAUGUUCUUAAAGUGGAUGAGAUAUACGAGGCAGAGGGGUUGAACGAGGACGAAUCUCUUGAACUCUUCAGGUGGCAUUGCUUUAAGAAAGACCAUCCUACAGAAGACCAUUUGGACCUUUCACGCCAAGUUGUGCAUCAUGUUGGAGGGCUUCCAUUAGCUCUUGAAGUUUUGGGUUCCUUUUGUUGUGGCAAGAGCAUACCUCAAUGGAAAAGUGCAAUAGCGAAAUUAAGAAAAAUCCCUGAUGAUGAUGUCCAAGGAAAACUUAAGAUAAGUUUUGAUUCGCUAAGCAAGGAAGUGAAGGAGUUGUUCCUAGAUAUGGCAUGUUUUUUUGUUGGAACAGGUCAAGAAUUUAUAGUAAAAAUACUGGAAGGCUGCAACUUUUUUGCAGAAAUUGGGAUUCGGGUUCUAGCCGAUCGGUGUCUCAUAAAACAUGACUGUAACCAAAUUGUGAUGCAUGAUAUGCUUAGAGACAUGGGCAGAGAAAUCGUCCGGCAAGAAUCUGUUAAGGAGCCAGGAAGGCGGAGCAGAUUGUGGUAUCAUGAGGAUGCUCUUGAAGUGCUGGUAGGUGGCACGGGAACUGAAGCUGUUGAAGGCCUCUUCCUAAACUUUCAUGAGCCGAAUGAGGUCCAAGUAAAUUCAAAGGCAUUUGAAAAGAUGAACAGAUUGUGGCUGCUUCAUCUCAAUUAUGUUCAUCUCAAGGAAGGUUACGAACAUAUCUCCAGAAGACUAUUGUGGCUAUGUUGGAAUGGCUUCCCAUUGAAAUGUUUGCCAUCAAGCCUACAUAUGGAGAAUUUAGUUACUCUUGACUUGCGAUAUAGUAGCCUGAAAAAAGCAUGGAAGGGAACCAAGAUCUUGGCCAAACUGAAAUUCCUUUACCUAAGUCAUUGCUAUCACCUGAUCGAAACCCCCAACUUCUCUGGCCUAAACAAUCUUGAGGAACUGUUGCUUAAUGAUUGCAUAAGGUUGGUAGAGGUUGACAAAUCUAUUAGAUUUCUCAACAAACUUCUUGUACUAGAUAUGAAGAACUGUAAAAAACUUUGGAAGCUUCCUUCAGGCAUUUUGAUGUUGAAAUCUCUCAAAAGCCUUGAUCUCUCCGGCUGCUCCAUGCUUGAAAAAUUUUCCGGAUUCAAAGGAUCACCAUCUAAAUCACAGUCCUCAUUCCUCUCAUCUAGGAUUUUCAGAACAAAGAGAGUGGAUUCUAUUGUUUUGUCACUUUCCCCUAUACAAGGCUUAAGUUGCUUAAAAGAAUUAAGGAUGGAAAACUGCAAUCUGUCAUGUCUACCAAAUGAAGUUGGGAAUUUAAUCUCAUUGGAGACUUUGGAUCUUGGCAGAAAUAAUUUGCGUAGCUUACCAGAUAGUAUCUGCAACCUUACUCGCUUAAAGGAUUUGAAGUUGACAGGCUGCAAUGUGUCACAUCUGCCCUGUGAAAUGGGGAGGCUGAUUUCGUUGGAGACUUUGGAUCUUAACGGAAACCAUUUAUGUACCCUGCCGGAUAGUAUCUGUAACCAAUCUUGCUUGAAAAAGUUGUAUUUGUCAGACUGUGCUCUGUCACAUCUGCCCAACGAAAUUGGGAAACUGGCCACAUUAGAGACUUUGAUUCUCGAAGGAAACAGUUUACUUGCCUUACCAGAUAGUAUCUGUAACCUUGCACGUUUGGAGAAUUUGUCUUUGAAAGAUUGCAAUGUGACACAUCUGCCCAGUGAAAUUGGGCGGGUGAUCUCAUUGCGAACUUUGGAUCUUGGAGGAAACAAUUUACUUACCUUGCCGGAUAGUAUCUGUAACCUUGGUUGCUUGAGGGAGUUGUAUUUGCCACACUGUAAUAUGUCACAUCUGCCCGAUGGAAUUGGAAUGUUGAGCUCGUUAACGUGUUUUGAUCUGGAAAGUAACAAUGUUUGUAGCCUACCAAAUAGUUUCAGUGACCUUGCUAGCUUGGAAAUACUCAGAUUGAAUAAUUGUGGAAGGCUUCAAUCACUUCCAGAGCUUCCAGUAAGUUUAUGGCAUGUAGAUGCAAGCUACUGCACAUUACUAGAAUUCUUACAUACGGGAUUCAAGUGGCAAGCUGGACUAUACAUGUCCCUUCCAGGAUGCAAUAUGUUAGCUAAGAACAAUUUUGCAAAUAAUGUGAUAGAAAGACUCGACCAGUAUAAGGAAUGGUCUGCACUGCGGAGAAUAAGUGGCAUUUAUCUUCCAGGGGAUGAGGUUCCUGAUUGGUUCCAAUACCAGUAUACAGGGUCAGAAUUAUCUCUUGUGGUGCCGCCUUUGGUAACUCGGGGAAUAUUCGGCUGGAUUUUGUGCAUAGUUUUUAGGACUCACAAAAAACCUGGUCAACGGUCUUUUAUGAGUAUUUUCAGUAAGAGUAAGAAAACUGAAUAUUUCAAUUUCCGAACUGAGGUAACAUAUCAAGAUCAAGACCAGAUGAAACUCCUCUAUUUUCCAUCAGAUCUCACAGGAAUCCAUUUGUAUGGCGGGGAUAAAUUGGAGAUUGAGAUAAGUCCAUUUGACCGGGUGAAGACGUUGCCUUGGUUGACAGUUAAGAAGUGUGGAAUUAAUCUCAUUUAUGAGUAGGGCUGUAAAUGAACUGAGCAGCUCGCGAGUUCAAACUCGAGUCCGCUCGGCUCGUUCGACAAAAGCUCGGCUCGUUAAGAGAGGUUCGGCUCGAUUGAAAAGGCCCGUUUAGUAAAUGACUAAACUCGACUCGUUAAAGCUCAAGCCGAGCUCGAGCUCAUGUUUUUGGAGCUCGAGCUCUACAAAAUUCGGUUCGACUCGUUUACAACCCUAUGUAUGAGGAUGAUGAGCACAAUACAGUGAAAUGAUUUAUAAGUUCAACACAAAGGAUCCAGAUAUUUUUAGUUUGAGAAAUUAGUCGAGUGCACCAAAGAUGGCCCGGAUAUCAUGAGUUAUUAAAGCCGGGACAAAGCCUCAAUUGAUCCUUGGGACCAAUCCCACCCUUCAAUAUCAGAGUGUACAUGUAAAGCUGGGACAAAGACUCGCAUGUGUUGAUCCUAUACGAGCUAAUAACGCCUAGAAAGUUUCUAACCUUAGACAUGGGAAGGAGCAAAUGCUCAAGUCCGAGGCUUUGACUACUACGCCACAUGUGAAAUAGUUUUUGUCACCGAAGUCCUCUUAGUUGAUUGAGUCUUUUUGUUUUGUGGGUUAUGUGAAAUGGUGCGAGUUGAGAGAGAAGAACAUAUUUUUCUGUACUCUUCAACCGUUUCCCCAAACCCCCCCCCCCCCCCCCCCCCCCCCCCCCCCCCCCCCGUCUUACAGGGGUAUGAAUCUCCUAUAAUCAAACGAGUCACCUAACAAGAAGAGAAGUAUGCUGGGCUACCCCCUGUCUCUCGGAAAAGGCACAAGUCAAGAUCUAUCAUUCAUCUUUGAGCUUGGUCCAUGGAGGCUGCAAGGCCAAAGAAGCCUCUUCCUCAUCCUCCUCCAUCUCAACACAUUUCAAAUAUGAUGUCUUUUUGAGUUUCAGUGGUGUCAAUACAUGCAACAAUUUUACCCGUUAUCUUUUAGCCGCUAUUUGCACAUUCAGAAAUGACGCAAAGCUCAACAGAGGAGACGAUAUAGGCUAUGAACUACUAAAAGCAAUUGAUCAGGAGUCAAGAAUUUCGCUUGUAGUUCUCUCAAAAAGUAUGCUGCUUUACAGUGGUGCCUUGAUGAACUUGUGAAGAUCAUGAAGUGCAGGAAAACCUUGCAGCAUAUUGUUCUGCCUAUCUUUCAUGAUGUUGAGCCCUUCGACGUACAGGCACAGAAGGGAAGUCUUGCUGGAGCAUUCGCCAAUCAUGAAGAGCAUUUUUAGGAGGGUUCAGAUGGCAAGUGGAGAAGUGGUGGGAGGCUCUUACUGAGGUUGCCAAUUUGUCAGGUUGCCUGGUGGGACUUGCCCGAGGUGGCCAAUCGGUAGUUUCCUCUAUCUUUCUAGCAUGCGCGUCGAAAAUAACCUAAAGUGGCACCGGUCAAUUGUCAUUUUAUGGGGGUGCAAUUGCAAUUCUACAUGCAAUUAUAGAGUUCUAAUAGAGUCUGUCUAUGCUACUCUUGCAAAUUCGUCAAGAUCAGUUCGUGCCGAAUUUCAUAUAAAAUACAGCACCAGAUGGGUGAAUCUGCAUAAAAGCUCCGUUUAUUUGAUGGUUGCUCUUGCCUCAGAAGAUAUUAGGAGAAAAUCUUAUUUUGCACUUUAAACAAGCCAAAAGAAAGGAAUUCUAACUAAGAGUAAGCC